AUGCUCUCUGGGACUGUCCUUGUUAAUGCAGAUUGUCCAAGUAACUGGAUCCGCCACGAAGAAUCCUGUUAUCUGUUUGUAAAUCACCAUGCUACCGACUGGAAUGGAGCCAUGUUCUUUUGCGCAAACUUGGGCUCAAAAUUGGUUGAAAUCGAGACACGAUCAGAGGACACAUUUCUUAAUGCGCAUGCCCAUGACUUAGGAAGAGAUCAAAAACCAUUUUGGAUUGGUGGAUCUGACAUCGUACUAGAGGGAGAAUGGAUGUGGAUGACGAGUAAAACAAUCAUUGAUUACCGUACUUACACUAAUUGGCACCCUGGACAGCCCAGUAACUCAGGAGGAAACGAGAACUGCCUCGAUCUUGUACCCCCAACUUUCCUUUGGAACGACAAUACCUGUUCUAAACAGGAACAUUUUAUCUGUGAAAAAUUAGCUGGUGACCCAGUUGUUGGAUAG